AUGGAUUCUAAGCGACUAACGAUCUUUCCAAGAACAACAAAUGGCGUCGAAGAUGCAAACACUAUUAACAGAAGAGGUGGCUAUACUGAGCUGAGUGCCCUAAAGCGAAAGCUUAAUCGUGAAGAUGGACUAGUAGAACGUAAGCUCUCAAAGCCUACACCAUCCCUUCGAGUAAAGCGCAAAAUCUUCACACCGCUUGAUGAAGAUCCUGGAAGACACUAUCGAUGUAUACAUAUCGUGGACCCGGAAGGAGAAAGACCUUAUUGUUUGGCCCAAGAAAUCGCCUCAGCUGCUACUGAGAACGCAUACCGGGUCGUGAUGAUCCGACGUAGCCUAGAUAAAUCUAUCUAUGGCCUAGGGGAUUCAAACCCGAAUCUUCUUAAUAUUGUGUCUGUUUUUAGGUUUCAGGGUUCUUUGUUCACAGUGUUUGAUAGACCUGGCUUUCCCUUAUCUGAGAUUGCUAUGUCUCAUUCCCCACCGCUGGGUUUAGCUGAGAUGAUAUCACAAUCUCAGCAAGCAAUGGUCGAGUCAAAGUUGGUAGCAUUAGACCGAGCAAAUUUGCAAGAAUCGACGGCACAUGAUAAGGCUACUGCUUUUGGAACAAUGCUGGACAACCUAGUGUCCCACAUUCCGGAUUCUUUAGCCCUACAGCAAAGCCAGGACCUCCUUGCUUUCAUCCAACACACCACUGAAAGAUCAUAUCUUGAAUUAAGGAAGGUAAUUACAUCCCUCUAGUUCAUAACGUAAUACUAAAUUUUGGUAGGAGAGUUUUUUGAAAGACCCGUUACCUACAGCGUCUUUGAUUCCUUUUGUCUUGAAUGCAC